AUGCCUGAGAGCUCUGCACACAUUAUGGAGGAGGAGGUGGAGACCUUUGCCUUCCAGGCUGAAAUUGCUCAGCUGAUGUCCCUUAUUAUCAACACUUUCUACUCAAAUAAAGAGAUCUUCCUUAGGGAGCUCAUCUCCAACUCCUCAGAUGCCUUGGAUAAAAUCAGAUAUGAAAGCUUGACGGAUCCCACCAAACUUGAGUCCUGCAAGGACCUGAAGAUUGAAAUCAGGCCUGAUCUGCACGCUCGCACCCUGACCAUCCUUGACACAGGUAUCGGCAUGACCAAAGCUGACCUGAUCAACAACCUGGGCACAAUUGCAAAGUCCGGCACCAAGGCUUUCAUGGAGGCUCUGCAGGCUGGAGCUGAUAUCUCCAUGAUCGGCCAGUUUGGUGUGGGUUUUUACUCUGCCUACCUAGUAGCCGAGAAGGUGACAGUCAUUACCAAGCACAACGAUGACGAGCAGUAUAUGUGGGAGUCUGCAGCUGGAGGCUCAUUCACAGUCAGGCCUGAUACAGGAGAGCCAAUUGGCAGAGGCACAAAAGUGAUCCUUCACCUCAAAGAAGACCAGACAGAGUACUGCGAGGAGAAGCGCGUCAAAGAAGUUGUGAAGAAGCACUCACAGUUCAUUGGCUAUCCCAUCACACUUUUUGUGGAGAAGACAAGAGAGAAGGAAGUAGACCUGGAGGAGGGAGAAAAGGAAGAGGAGGUUGAGAAGGAGGCUGCUGAGGACAAGGACAAACCUAAGAUUGAGGACGUUGGCUCUGAUGAGGAUGAAGAUACAAAGGAUGGCAAGAACAAGAGGAAGAAGAAGGUCAAGGAGAAGUACAUUGAUGCCCAGGAGCUCAACAAGACCAAGCCUAUCUGGACCCGUAACCCUGACGACAUCACCAAUGAAGAGUAUGGCGAGUUCUACAAGAGUCUUACCAAUGACUGGGAGGACCACCUGGCUGUGAAGCAUUUCUCAGUGGAAGGCCAGCUGGAGUUCCGCGCCUUGCUCUUUGUACCCAGAAGAGCUGCAUUUGACCUCUUUGAAAACAAGAGAAAGAGAAACAACAUCAAGCUUUAUGUGCGCAGGGUCUUCAUCAUGGACAACUGUGAAGAACUGAUCCCAGAAUACCUCAAUUUCAUCAAGGGUGUGGUGGACUCUGAGGACCUGCCACUGAACAUCUCCAGAGAGAUGCUGCAGCAGAGCAAGAUCCUGAAGGUCAUCCGCAAGAACCUGGUCAAGAAGUGCCUGGAGCUUUUCUCAGAACUGGCUGAGGACAAGGACAACUACAAGAAGUUCUACGAGCAGUUCUCCAAGAACAUCAAGCUUGGAAUCCAUGAAGACUCCCAGAACAGGAAGAAACUGUCUGAGCUGCUCCGCUACUACACCUCAGCCUCUGGAGAUGAAAUGGUUUCCCUCAAGGACUAUGUCUCUCGUAUGAAGGAUAACCAGAAGCACAUCUACUACAUCACUGGUGAGACCAAAGACCAGGUUGCCAACUCUGCCUUUGUGGAGCGCCUUCGCAAAGCUGGCCUGGAGGUCAUCUACAUGAUUGAGCCCAUCGAUGAGUACUGUGUCCAGCAGCUGAAGGAGUAUGAUGGCAAGAACUUGGUUUCAGUAACCAAGGAAGGCCUGGAGCUGCCUGAGGAUGAGGAGGAGAAGAAGAAGCAGGAAGAGCUCAAGACUAAGUUUGAGGACCUCUGCAAGAUCAUGAAGGACAUCCUUGACAAGAAGAUUGAAAAGGUUGUAGUUUCGAACCGUUUGGUUGCUUCCCCCUGCUGCAUUGUGACCAGCACCUAUGGAUGGACGGCAAACAUGGAGAGGAUCAUGAAGUCUCAGGCACUGAGAGACAACUCCACCUUGGGCUACAUGACUGCAAAGAAGCACCUUGAGAUUAAUCCCUUGCAUCCAAUCAUUGAGACCUUGAGGGAGAAGGCAGAGGCUGACAAGAACGACAAAGCUGUGAAGGACCUGGUCAUCCUCCUGUUCGAGACCGCUCUGCUCUCCUCAGGAUUCACACUGGAAGACCCACAGACACAUGCUAACCGCAUCUACAGAAUGAUCAAACUUGGUCUUGGAAUUGAUGAUGAUGAUUCUGCAGUUGAAGACAUAAUUCAGCCUGCUGAUGAAGAUAUGCCAGUCUUGGAAGGCGACGAUGACACAUCAAGAAUGGAGGAAGUUGACUAA